AGGCGGAGGGGAGGGCAGAGGGUUGGUGGAGCUGGAGGAAGCUCGGGCGACGACUCGGAGGAGGCGGGCGGCCCAGGCCCUAGGCCCCUCCCAGGCUGCGAGUCUCCCGGCUGCAGGCGGAUGGAUGGGGCGUCUCCAGGCGGCGGCGGCAGCAGCGGAGGCGGCGGCAGCGGCGGUGGCUAUGGUGUGGUGGCUCGAUUCUCCCAGUGCCUGGCUGAGUUUCGGACGUGGUUAAGGACCAACUGGUUGAGGUUCAAUGCAGACAAGACGGAUGUGAUGCUGAAAAUGUGCAUCAGAUGUUUAUGUUUAAUUGGUUUACAGACUGUCUCUGGAUUCUUUUCCUGUCAAAUUACAAGCCAUCUGUUGAGUCUUCAAGUCCAGAAAUGGAUGAAAUGUUUGACUGCCCAUGAAAGUACAGGAGGCUCAGCAACAUCAGAGGACCAUGAGUUUGAUCCAUCAGCUGACAUGCUGGUUCAUGAUUUUGAUGAUGAGCGAACAUUAGAAGAAGAAGAAAUGAUGGAAGGAGAGACAAACUUCAGUUCUGAAAUAGAGGAUCUUGCAAGGGAAGGCGACAUGCCAAUCCACGAGCUUCUCAGCCUCUAUGGUUAUGACAGCACUGUUCGGUUACCUGAAGAAGAUGAGGAGGAAGAGGACGAGGAGGAGGAAGGUGAAGAUGAUGAAGAUGCUGAUAAUGAUGACAACAGUGGCUGUAGUGGGGAAAAUAAAGAAGAGAAUAUAAAGGAUUCAUCGGGUCAGGAGGAUGAAACUCAGUCUUCCAAUGAUGAUCCAUCACAAUCUGUUACUUCCCAAGAUGCUCAGGAAAUAAUUCGCCCACGUCGAUGUAAAUAUUUUGAUACAAAUAGUGAGAUAGAAGAAGAAUCUGAAGAAGAUGAAGAUUAUAUUCCAUCAGAAGACUGGAAAAAGGAAAUCAUGGUGGGCUCCAUGUUUCAAGCUGAGAUUCCAGUUGGCGUUUGUAGAUACAAAGAAAAUGAAAAAGUAUAUGAAAAUGAUGAUCAGCUUCUGUGGGACCCAGAGUAUUUACCAGAAGAUAAAGUGAUUGUAUUUCUUAAGGAUGCAUCUAGAAGAACAGGUGAUGAGAAAGGUGUAGAAGCAAUUCCUGAAGGAUCUCACAUAAAAGACAACGAACAGGCUUUAUAUGAAUUGGUUAAAUGCAGUUUUGAUACAGAAGAAGCCUUGAGAAGAUUGAGAUUUAAUGUCAAAGCAGCUCGAGAGGAAUUAUCUGUGUGGACAGAGGAAGAGUGUAGAAAUUUUGAACAAGGGCUGAAGGCCUAUGGAAAAGAUUUUCAUCUGAUCCAGGCUAAUAAAGUCCGAACAAGAUCAGUUGGUGAAUGUGUAGCAUUCUAUUACAUGUGGAAAAAGUCUGAGCGUUAUGAUUUCUUUGCUCAGCAAACAAGAUUUGGAAAAAAGAAAUAUAAUCUUCAUCCUGGUGUAACGGAUUACAUGGAUCGUCUUUUGGAUGAGAGUGAAAGUGCUGCUUCAAGCCGAGCACCAUCCCCUCCCCCUACUGCAUCAAAUAGUAGUAACAGCCAGUCGGAGAAAGAAGAUGGCACUAUCAGCAAUAGUAAUCAAAAUGGUGUGUCAUCUAAUGGACCAGGUGAAAUACUAAACAAAGAAGAAGUAAAAGUUGAAGGCUUACAUGUUAAUGGACCAACAGGUGGAAAUAAGAAACCACUUCAUACUGAUAUGGACACUAAUGGUUAUGAAGCAGAUAACCUGACCACUGACCCAAAACUUGCCCAUAUGACUGCAAGAAAUGAAAAUGAUUGUGAUGAAAAAAAUGAGAGGCCUGCCAAAAGGCGGCGGGUCAACAGCAGUGGGAAAGAAAGUCCGGCUUCGUCUGAGUUCUUCCAGGAGGCAGUCUCGCAUGGGAAGUUUGAGGAACAUGAAAACACAAACGACUAAGUCCUAGGCCUGUGUUACUUUCUUUGCAGUAAAUUCUGGUGUGACUACAAUUUUCAGGGUUGGUGGGUGACCUUUAGAAAGCUGAUUCCUUGAAGUAGUUGGUUCAAUCUUGGUGUUUGAAUUGAGUCCUCACGUUAAGAAAUGGGAUUCAUAGUUCCACCUUUUGCAAGUUCUUUUACUUCAAAUUGUUGAAGACCUCUUUAAGGAUAUAAAAACAUUGGUAAAUUUGAAUGACCCAAAGACUUACCUGUACCUUCUCAUUUGAGAUACUAAUCAUAAAUUUGACUAAAAGGUAAUUUUUCCUUAUUUUUAAGAGGAAGAAUAGUCGGGGAGGGGGGGGGACAAGUUUGGGUUUCUGCUCAAUACCAAUUUUUUGAUUAUCUAGAAAUGUCUUUACAACAGACAUUUUUCUCUCCUUACAAACUGAACUAAGGAAACCCUCAUGAAUCCUGAAGGUUAUGCUAGCAUGAUUUUUAUAUGUAGAAGUUUAAAAAUAAACCAAGUCAGGUUUGUAUUUGUAAAAUUGUUGACAUCAAUGAUGUCUUUCCAUAUUCUUAUCUGGGCUUAAGAAAUACAUUCUGUAUUUUUCCAGAUUCUUUGUAGCCUUUGAAAGAUUUUUACAGUACAUAUGUCUUGACUGAGCUGUCCUUUCUUAAUACAAAAAGCUUGUAUAAUUUUCUUAACUUGUACAGUUGGUAAACUUUUAUGAGAGGAACUGAUAUUCUGAGUCUGUCAGCUUUCAUUUUAUUUUGCUAAGAUUUUUCUAAUGAAUUUUUAAGUGUGUGUAGUUAACCAAGUCAUGUUUCUUAUCCAGGUGGUAAAAGCAUUCAUAAAGAAUUAUAAACAUAUUUUUUUUUCAAACUUAUACCUAUGGACAAAUAAUUUGGGGCCUCUGGAGUUCAGCAUGAUACUCAGACUGCAAGCUUGUGUGCAUUUGCUAUAAUUUUCAAAAUUAUUUUUGAAGCAAAACAAAGACUUACUGUUAGCUUAAAUGCGUAAAUGUAUUGUGCUGAAUAGAAUCCUGUUCUAUUACUCUCGUGCACUAUAAGAUUUUCCAUUGUUUUCAUUAAGUCAACAGAAAGGAAAGGCCAGGUGAUUUUGAAAUAUUGUCACAUCUAUAAUAACUAUUGACAGGUAGCAAUAUUGAUUUUUAUGAGAAAAUAAUGGUUUUAAGAAUUUUCAGACCUUUCCAGUUACAAUCCAGUUUGUCAGAUUUGAUACUGUUUUUCCAAAAUGAAACAGAUACAAAAUUA